AUGAUUUGUAAUGAUGAUGAAUAUAACCAUCAACCAACCAUCAUCAUUCUUUUAUAUGUUACUUUAGUAUCACAUUACUUUAGUAUCGACGUAUUAAUCGUCGGGAAGAGAGAUAGAGAGAUGUUUAAAAGAGAUAAUGAUAAUGAUGAUAUUAUUACAUCAUCAUAUGAAUAUCUACCAUUAAUAUUACAAAGAAAGAUUAUAUACUAUUGUUGGUGUUUAAAAUGGGAGAAUAGAUAUCUUUAUAGUAAGAAACAAAAAUUAGAAUUGGCAAUAGUAUCAUGGAAUUGGUUUAAUAUGUCAUCAAAUGUAUUUUUAGAAGUUAGUGAAGUAUGCUUUAAACCAAUGAAAGAUGAUAUUGUGGAGAUGUAUAGUCACAUGUCUAGUCGGUAUUGUUUGAUAAAAUCAUUCAAUCAUCUAUUCAUCUAUGAUGACUAUCACUAUGGUACUCAUAGUAGAUUUCCAGAUACCUCGAAAGAUAUGAUUACAUUUAGACAUCAUCGACAAGCCAAUCAAGUACCUCUAGAGUGGUUUCAAACACAGUGCUAUACUACAUUGAACCAUUUAACCAUCUAUGUACUUGGAUUCUGUCCAGCUGAUCAUCUAUUGGGGUCACUCAGUAUCCUAAUGGAUCUAUUGAUCAAUUAUCCAGGCAACAAACUACCCGAUGUCAUUACGAUUAGACAACGAUCAGAAUGGGUAAGACCAACAUUUCAAGAAGGUGGAAAAGUAUUGCAAGCUCAUGAUGUCAUGAAUCAUAUUAGAUUGUUGACAACUCGAGCAACCAAGAUUGACUGUGAAUGUCAUGCCACUCAAAACCAAAAUGCCUAUUCCAAUAGAAGACAGUCGCUAAAACCCGAACAUGACCAACUCCCUAUCGCAAUGACCAACUUUUUCUCGUCCAAAACACUGACCGACUUGUCGUUGGUCGAGUGUCAGUCGGAAUGGCAGUACGACAUUAUCAGUAACCUUCCCAUCAGUCUCAAACGUCUGUCUCUACAAUUUGGAAACAUUCAACCAAGUGUCCUAUCGAGUUUGACACGGUUCCAAUUGUUGGAAUACUUUUUUGCACCAUCAUUCAAUUGGCAGCAAACCGAUGACUAUAGUAGACAAUUCCUAGAUGUCGUCAAUAAUCUACCAAACAUUAAAGUGUUUUCAGUCAAUAGAGUGUCAGUGUCACGUGCAACCAAUCUAUCAGCUCUAUUUCACAAGGCUAUUGCAAAACCGUCUAUCACUUCGAUUGGUUUGGAAAUGGAUAAUGUAGAGUAUGGUGAUCCUCUAUUAAUCAGCAAUUCAAUCCAAAACCUUCGAAUCUAUUUUGCAUACGAUAUCAAAUAUAGUUGGGACGAUCAACGUAAAUGGAAUCUAUUCACCAAUCAAUUCACCAACCUUCAAUCACUCCUCCUCGAAUCCAAACUUUUAUUAAAUAAUCAAAACUUUUCUCAACUCUCCACCAUCUUGAAUAAUUGUCAAUCAUUAUUAACACUUGCGGUUGUAGAAUGUUGGGCAACUUUACAAGAAGAAGUAGAUGAAAAUGAUGAAAAUAAUAAUAUACAUUUGGAAGAGGUUGCUGAAAAAUAUUCACAACCAGACGAUGAAAGAGUUCAAUCACGAGGAGAUAUAACACAAAAAUCAAUGAUUGAAUUAUUUUCAACAAUAUUGUAUCAUCCAACUUUAUUAAACUUUGAAAUCGAUACUCAACCAUCACGUCAACACAUGUAUCGAUGUCUAUUGGACAAAGACUAUGACAAGAAUACUCGAUUACAACUAGUACCAAUGUACAAGGAAUUAAUGGGAUCCAUUCAUCAAAGCUAUAUCAUUACAUUCAAAUCAACAACUAGUAAUUUAAAAAUUAAAUGUACAAAUACAACAAAUAUUCCAACUACCCUAUUAACAGAAAUGAAACAAUUACUUCCAAAAUCAAAAUUAAAAUAUGAUACUACUAUUCAACCAAAUCUUAAUAGACAAAUUAUUAAUAAUAAUAAUCAAAAUAAUAAUCAAAAGAAUAAUAAUAAUUUAAAAGGAAAACAAUAUAAAAAAGUUGGAUGUGUUGUAUUGUAUGGUGGCCAUAUUUGUUGUUGGUCAGAUAUGUUUGAUGAAUCAACAGCUACUCAAUACAACCUCAACUCUUUUCAAGAUAUAUUAAAGAAUAGUACGAUAUCGGAUCAACAUGUUUUACACCCACGUCAAACCAACAAUAAUGACUAUCCAAUGUGGAUACAAGAUCGUAUUUGUACAAGUUUAAGAAAAGAUCCAAGUAGCAUUACAACUGUAUUGUUGGAGAAUUAA